CGAAGUUGCUCGGAACACAUCUCAGUCUGUGUCUUUCACUCUCACCAUGGCCGACGUCGAGAUGAAACCUAUAGACGAGGAAAAGAAGGAAGAGGAUGGAACGAAGGACGAGGCCAAGGAGCAGAGCAUUCCGCCGCUCACCCCGGUCGCGGAAAUCAAGUCCAAUGUCGCCCUCAUUGAGAGGGCCGUGGCGACCCUCGAGCCACGCUUCACUCAUCGCGUGCUACGGACCUUGGGCGCGUUGCGGAAGAAACUAGACGAUAGCGUCCUCAGAGACGCCAUCUCGGAGGUGUAUACCACAGAGUCCCAAACGAAGAAGACAUUACUAGGAUGGCUUCCUGCAGCAUCUGCGGUGGACCACUGCAUGGACAUAGACUCUGCCCCCGCACCCAAGCAAUCCCAGCCCGAACCUCUACCCGAGGCUGAAGUCUACUUCCGCCUCCUCAUCCUCCAUCACCUCCUCACGUCGCCAAACGCGUACAAGCAAGCUCUGGAUCUCGCCCACGAAACCAUUGACCGGAUGCAGUCGCUUAGCAGGCGUAGCAUGGAUCCCAUCGCUGCGAAGGUGUGGUACGCUGUGGAGCGAACGUACGAGCUCAGUGGUCAGCUCGCAGACGCAAGACCACUGUUCCUCGCCGCACAGCGAACAGCAUCCCUUCGGCAUGAUGACGAGACCCAGGCGUCUCUCAUCAACCGUCUCCUACGGAGCUACAUCCAAUACAGCCUCUACGACCAAGCGGACAAGCUCGUCUCAAAGACGACUUUCCCCGUCUCCGCAGGUAACCCGCAAUUCGCGCGGUACCACUACUACCUGGGCCGCAUCAAAGCGGUUCAGCUCAAUUACACGGCUGCGCAUACGAACUUGCAGCAGGCCAUCCGCAGGGCACCGCCUGCGAAGACCGCACCUGGCUUCUACCAGGCGGUGCACAAGCUGUCUGUGGUGGUGGACCUCCUCAUGGGUGAGAUCCCCGACCGCAGUCUCUUCAGGCACCCUGUGCUUCAGAAAGCACUCAGCGGGUACUUUGAGAUCGUGAAAGCUGUCCGCAUGGGCUCCCUGUCGCAGUUCCAGUCGACGCUCUCGAAAUACGCGUCCCUCUUCGAGCAGGACAGGACCUACACGCUGAUCGUGCGCCUGCGGCAGAACGUGAUCAAGACGGGCAUUCGACGGCUCUCGCUCUCGUACUCGCGCAUCUCGCUCCGCGACAUCUGCGUGAAGCUCCACCUCGACUCGGAGGAGGACGCGGAGUACAUCGUCGGCAAGGCGAUCCGCGACGGCGUCAUCGAGGGCCGCAUCGUGCACGAGAAGGGCUGGAUGCAGUGUGGCAGCCAGAAGGGCGGCUACGGCCCCGAGGUCAGCGACGUGUUCGCGCGGCGGAUCUCGUACUGCUUGGAGCUGCACAACCAGAGCGUGAAGGCCAUGAGAUACCCUUUGAACGCGCAUCGCAAGGAGCUGGCCGCAGCAGAAGGGGCCCGGGAGCGUGAGAAGGAGCUUGCGAAAGAGCUGCAGGAGGGCGGUGACCUUGACGAUGAGGGCCCUGAUCUCGGAGAAGGAUUCUGAGAGUGCAUGUGUAUUGAAUUUGGGCUUCAUUGACUGCUUACACCUCAUUGUUCGAGGAAACUUUAACCAACUGGAGAACCUGUGGUAUACGUCAAGUGUCAUGGCCCUGUUGGUUUGAAGUCGUCAAAAGGUCUUUAAGAGGUUGCACUCGAAAA